GGGUGCUUUGGAGAACGGACUCCUUCCCGCCUGGGGCAGGUUGGCCGGGCUAGGGGAGGCUCCAGGGCACGUGGCAGUGUGUCACAGGGCCCUUUGUGACACGAUGGGAUGGCACGGGGCAGCGUGUCACAGGGCCCUUUGUGACACGUGAUGACUUAGUAGCGGUGGUGAGGUGGCCACGCCUCAGUGCUCCUCGGAGCGUGCGACGGGACAGACGGGACAGAGCGGUGCUGUGCGGAGCCCCCGUGCAGCCAACUCGUUCUUUUCUGAUCCGGCGCGUUUUGGAGGCGUUUUUGUGCUGCAAGUGCCCUUGAGGCCAGACCGCGGGACUUGGUGACACGGAGCUUUUGCGAGGUGUCUCCGAUCCCUGCGGCAGCUGCCCUUGAGGCCGCACUGCAGGACUUGCGUUUCGUAGGCUUUUCUGUCUUUCAGGUGCCCUCGAGGCCAGACCGCGGGGCUUGGUGACCCGGAGCUUCGGCGAGGAGUCUCCAGGCCCUGCGGCAGGUGCCCUCGAGGCCAUUCUCUGGGGCUUCGUGCCCCGGAGCUUUUCCCUGGCGUCUCCAACCCCUGCAGCAGGUGCCCUUGAGGCCCAACUGUAGGAUGGCGGAGAGACGCUUCAGCCUGUGCAGGUUUCUCAGGAGGAAGAAGAAGAAGGAAGGCCCUGGGACUGCCCCUGCACAGCAGCCUGAGGAGGUGGAGCAGCCCCAGCCCCUGCAGGAGGAUCCAGGCCGGGACCGGACACAAGAACAAGACCGUGCCCGUGGCCACUUCCACAGGGCAGCACAGGCCGUUCUGAAAUCCGUGGGCAUUCGGCGUCCAAAGACCAAGAUCACACCAAUCCAGGUCGUGGCACAGCCUGACCCCACGCCCAGUGAGCUCACGGCCAAGGCUGACAGCGCAACGUCCGAGGACGAGGCAGACACUGACAUCGCAGUCGUUCAGUGCCCGCCCAGUGCUCCUGGUCUGGACAUUCCUGGGGAGAGAGUUGUCUCUGUGGAAGAAGCCAUGAAGCCAGAGAGAGCCAUGGAGCAGAGACCCCCCAGGGUGCCCAAGCUGGCCUGGCUGAAGGAGGGGGAGGAGGAAGGCCCUGGAGCUGCCCCAUCCCAGCAGCCUGAGGAGGCGCAGCAGUCCCAGUCCCUGCAGGAGGGUGAGUGGCAGAGCUGGGCCCCAGGGCUGGUGGCUACAGCCAGAUGGGCCUCUUGCCAUCCCAUCCCUUGUGGACAGGGCCAAGGAAAGGGAGGGGGAAGGAGGGCCCGGGGCUGAUCCCCCGGCAGCUCCAUGCACUGGGCAUGCCGGGGCUGGCCCUGCCUGUGGAGCGCAGGGCUGGGCCGUGUUC